GCAUAUGCUUUCCGAAUCUCCCCUUAUCCCCUCUCUUUUCCCUUACAAAUUCAAAUCUCCCUUGAACUGCUUACUCUCUAUCCCUCUCCAAUGGCGUCCUCGACGCCAGUGCUUCAGCAGCACAACAACCUUCUUUUCACUUUCACCUCAAAAUAUACAAAUUCACUUUUCUUCUUCAACUCUUAUAGAGACUCUUCUCUUAAUUAUGUAACGAAGCCUCUACCCUCUACAUCUUCCUCUUCUCUGUUUUCAUCACCAUUUCAAUACUCGCGUCCUUUAGUUCGACUCACGCGCGUUACCACCGCGCCUGUAGAGUACGUGCCACCAGCACCUGACUUUGAUUUUCACAAAGAAAUCGCCAGGUUAAAAGAUUUGAAAUCGAAGCUUGAUAAUUGUACUAAUUUGAAGGACAGAAUCAGAGUGAUUGACUCUGAUAGUCGUGUAAAUUCCUUUUUUUAUUCGCAUAAGAAUUCGUUUUCUAGGGUUUUGGACACUUUGCAUUUGGAUAAGUAUGAAGUGUUUUUGCUCAAAUGCGUGGUUGCUGCCGGACAACAGCAUGUUUUUGGUGAUGUUUGUACAGAGUUUGACGCCACAAGAAGUUCACUGAAGAGUGCUUUUUAUGCUUUGGCGGAGAUGAUUGACAAUUGGGAUGUAAAUGAGGGUAUUGGUCGCCAUGAUGUUAAUGGUUAUGGCCUUGGAAUUGAAGAGCUUGAGGCAUUGAGGUCAAUGUUGAAAAUUAUUGCAGAGGUCGAGCGGUUUUAUGAUUGCAUUGGAGGAAUAAUAGGGUAUCAAAUCAUGGUCCUUGAGCUUCUUGCUCAGUCAACUUUUGAACGACCGUGUCUGUCCCAUAACUCAAAUAGUUCUCUCAAGCGUGACAUAACAGAAAUUCAUCCUCCAAAUGUGCUUGAUCUUUCUCAUGAUUUAGAAUAUGCAUCUCAAGCAGCUAUAUGGGGAAUCGAAGGUUUGCCAAACAUGGGUGAAAUAUAUCCUCUUGGUGGCUCGGCAGACAGGCUGGGUUUGGUUGACUCAAACUCAGGUGAAUGUCUUCCAGCUGCAAUGCUUCCAUACUGUGGGCGUACUCUAUUAGAAGGUCUUAUAAGAGAUCUUCAGGCUAGGGAGUACCUGUAUUUCAAGUUAUACGGAAAACAAUGCAUCACUCCAGUUGCAAUCAUGACAAGUGCAGCAAAAAGCAAUCAUGAGCGUGUCACCACACUCUGUGAGGAACUCCGCUGGUUUGGAAGGGGAAGAUCAAAGUUUAAACUUUUCGAGCAGCCUCUUGUUCCAGCUGUUAGUGCAGAAGAUGGGCAGUGGUUGGCUGGUAGACCAUUCAAACCUGUAUGCAAGCCAGGUGGUCAUGGGGUGAUCUGGAAACUUGCUUAUAAUGAAGGUGUUUUCCAGUGGUUUCAUGAUCAUGGAAGACGAGGUGCAACCGUGCGACAAGUCAGUAAUGUUGUGGCAGCGACAGAUGUGACUCUUUUGGCUUUAGCUGGAAUUGGUUUGCGUCAAGGAAAGAAACUGGGCUUUGCUUCGUGUAAGCGAAAUGCUGGUGCUACUGAAGGCAUAAAUGUUCUUAUUGAGAAGAAGAAUCUUGAGGGGAAAUGGACUUGUGGUAUAUCCUGCAUAGAAUAUACCGAGUUUGACAAGUUUGGGAUGACAGAUAAUCCCCUUUCUUCUUACAGUGUACAGGACGAAUUUCCUGCCAAUACAAACAUUCUAUAUGUUGAUUUGCCCUCUGCUGAGCUUGUUGCUUCAAGUAAUGAUGAGACUAGUUUGCCUGGAAUGGUGCUUAAUGUGAAAAAGGAAAUCACAUUUGUGGACCAGUUCAGAAGCAAGCAUAGUGUCCGAGGUGGCCGUCUUGAAUGCACAAUGCAAAACCUUGCUGACAACUUUUUCAAUACAUUCUCAUCUCAAUGUUAUGAUGGUGUCGAAGAUGAACUAGAUACUUUUAUUGUAUACAAUGAAAGAAAGAAGGUGACAUCAUCUGCCAAGAAGAAACGUAGACAGGGUGACACGUCGCUUCACCAGACUCCAGAUGGAUCGCUAUUGGAUAUAAUGCGUAAUGCCUAUGAUAUUCUUUCUCACUGUGAGAUCAAACUUCCAAAGAUUGAAGGUAAUGAAAAGUAUGUUGACUCUGGGCCUCCAUUUCUAAUUUUUCUCCAUCCUGCUCUAGGCCCCCUUUGGGAAGUAACCAGACAGAAGUUCCAUCGAGGUUCUAUCUCUAGGGGUUCAGAGUUGCAAAUAGAGGUUGCUGAAUUCUUGUGGAGAGAUGUGCAGCUUGAUGGGAGUUUGAUCAUUUUAGCUGAGAAUGUUCUAGGUUCUCCAAGGAUUGAUGAAAAUGGUGAAACCGUUCUUCAUUAUGGAAAAAGGUGUGGGAGAUGUAAGCUGGAGAAUGUCAAGAUAUUGAAUGAUGGAAUUGAUUGGAAUGCAAGAGAAAAUUUAUACUGGAAGCACGAUGUGCAGCGGUUUGAGGCAGUAAAGGUGAUACUUCAUGGAAAUGCAGAAUUUGAAGCAGUGGAUGUUAUAUUGCAGGGUAAUCAUGUUUUUGAAGUUCCAGAUGGUUACAAAAUGAAGAUAACAACUGGAGAUUCAGGGUUAGCUGUUGAACUUAAACCUAUUGAGAAUAAGUUGAUGGAGUCUGGAAGCUGGUUUUGGAACUACAAGAUAAUGGGCAACCAUGUUCAGUUGGAAUUGGUGGUGUUAUAGUAGGAUUGACAGAUACCUACCCACUUUUGUGAAUCAUGGUUCACAACUGGGGCUUGUAACUGGUUCAGGCUUGGUUGAACAAAAGUUGAACCACUCGACUCUGCAUCAGUUUUGUGAUAAUGAGUCUUAAUGCCAUAUAAUAACAAAGUGAUUGAGGCUGUUUGUAAUUUAGUUGUAAAUCAUGUGCAAGCACAAUUUUACAACUCUCAAUACCACAGUUGUAUAUUUUCUUUCCUUUUUUCCCCUGUAUAAAUGUGAAUA